AAUGUUGUCCAUGCCGCUGUGCUGCCAACAAUUUCCACUCAUUUCUCGAUCGUGUCGAGGAUGGCACGGGCAGGGGAUGCCACCUACGCGUUGGUGGAGACGCCAAAGGCGAACGGCGUCCAUCGCGUCGAAGAAGUCGUGGAGAUUCCAUGGAGCAGCCAGUCCAACCCACUCGAGUCGGCAAACUGGUUGACGGUCGUGGCCAUUUCGUGGAUCGACCGGCUGAUCGCGCGAGGUGCCAAGGCGCCGCUGACCGAGGACGACGUGUGGCCAUUGCCGCAGUCGGACACAGCUGCGGUACUUCACGCCGAAUUCCGGAAGCACUGGGACGUCGAGCGGACGAAGCGGGCGCCCGCGCUGUGGUAUACCAUCUACCGGACGUUCCGAGUUCGAAUCUGGUACUCGAUUUCGCUGUACGUGGUCUCGGGGGCGCUCAUGCUCGUCCAGCCGAUCCUGAUCAAGUCGAUGCUGCAAUUUCUCCAGCAGCCAGAUGACCUCCCGAUCGCCACGAGCGUCGGCCUUUCCAACGGCUACGCCCUUGCCACCGUCUUGUCGGUGGUCACGAUCGCGUCCGUCUCGAUCGGCGACUAUGGCCAGUACCUGGCCAACUAUUUGGGCGUGAAUGCAAAGCUCGUGCUCAUGGACACCGUCUUCAAGAAGAUCUUGUGCAUGUCAGGAUAUGCCACAAAGAGCCUGACCACAGGCGACAUCGUCACCAUGGCGUCCGUGGAUGCUGACCGCAUGUUCUUUGGGUUCCUCAUGGGGUAUUGGACCUUUAUCAGCCCGCUUACUCUCUUGGCAGUCUUUGUUAUGCUCGGGACGGAACUCGGAGCGAUCGUUGCGGUCGUCGGGGGCAGCAUCAUGCUGGCGUUUGUCACGAUGGGGUUCAAAACAGGCGAAAAGGUCGGCCGUCUCCGCGCCGAUGUUCUUGCUGUUCAAGCCGAGCGCGUCAAACUCACCAACGAAAUCCUCCAAGGCAUCCGCGUUGUCAAGUUGUACGCGUGGGAGGCGUCACUGGAGUCCCAGCUGGCCGACAUUCGAGCGCAGGAGCUCGUGCUGCUGCGGAAAUACCAAGCCACGCGCAUUUUCAACACGGUCGCGCUCAUGCUGGCCCCCCUCGUGUCCCUCGCAGCCUGCCUCAUGGUGUACGUGGCCCUCGGCAACCAGCUCACCACCCCCGCCGCCUUCACUGCCCUCGCCUACAUGAACAUUGCCCGCCAACCCUGCACAGUGUUUAGCUCGUCCGUGAUGGGGCUCACGGAAGCCUUGGCAUCGUGCCGCCGCAUCACAACAUUUCUGUUGGCUGACGAAGUCGAUCUUUUGUUGCCGAGUGCAGACGACGAUGGCACCGACACAACCAACCUGACACCCGUCAUUGAGAUCGACCAGGGGGACUUUAGCUGGGCCGCUAGCAACCGAUCCGUCGCCGCUUCGGCGGCCACUGCGGACAAGACUCUCCACGAUGCAGUGCUUGCCAUGGCGGCGGUGACGCGACCUUUGACACUGCGCAGUAUUCAAGUGCACAUUGCCCCGCAAUCGCUCACGAUUGUAAUCGGCGCCGUCGGAAGCGGCAAGUCCAGUUUGAUUCAUGCCAUCCUCGGCGAAAUCCACCAAGUUCGAGGACAGCGCCACGUCCACCACGCGCACUUUUCGUACGUGAACCAAGAUGCUUGGAUCCAGCACGCCACACUCAAGCAAAACAUCCUGUUUGACUCGCCGUACGACGAAGCGGUGUACCACGAGGUGUUGUCGGCUUGCCAGCUCGAAUCGGACUUGUCCAUGCUGCCAGACGGCGACGCGACCGAGAUCGGCGAGCGCGGCAUCAACUUGAGCGGCGGCCAAAAGGCCCGCGUGAGUCUGGCGCGGGCGCUGUACUGCCCCAACGCCAACGUAUACCUCCUCGACGACCCGUUGAGUGCGCUGGACGUGCACGUCGCGAACGCAGUGUUUGAAAUGGGCAUCCAGGGGCUGUUGCAACACAAAACGACCGUCUUGGUGCUCAACAGCCACUACCAUCUUCUGCCCAAAGCCGAUCGCGUCCUCGUCAUGGCCGACGGAACGAUCGUAGGCGACGGGACCUACGAUGACAUCAAGCAUGCUUUCCCCCACUUGAUGCAUGUUGCCAACCACGCCACGGAGACGGAGGGCAUUGCGGACAACGACGUGGCCAAGGUGCCUGUCGAGUCUGCCGGUCAAGUCGAUGCUGAAUCGUCAAAGAAUCCCCCAACACUCACACCACCACCCAAGCUCGCGAUCCGCGGCCAACUCAUCGGCCACGAAGACCGUCAAAAGGGAACGGUGACUGCUUCCACGUACAACCUCUACUUUACCUCGAGCGGGAGGAACGGUUGUGUUGUCGCGAGCUUCAUCGCGCUCUUCUACACAGCGUCCCAAACCCUCGUGUCGUUGCUGGACUGGUUCAUGAGCUACUGGUCCAACGACCCGACCCUCAACACAUCGACGUCGACCGGGUGGUGGUACAUUUUCCUCGCCGUGGCGUCCGUGCUGACUGUCUACGGGCGGUCUCUGCACGUCCUCGUCGUUGCGAUCGCGUGCUCCCGUGCGUUGCAUGCCAAGAUCUUCCAUGCUGUCGUCCAUGCGCCCGUCCCGACCUUCUUUGACGUGACGCCGGUCGGCCGCGUCCUGAAUCGGUUUUCGUCCGAUCUGGACCAAGUCGACGCGAUUUUGCCCUACUUUGGCAUGAUGGUGCUUCAGUUUCUGUUUCAGUUCUUUGCCGUCGUCGUGGUGUGCAUGGUCACGACCCCCUGGAUUCUCGUGCUCUACUUGCCGCUCGUCGGCUUGUUCUUCCGACUCCAGCGAUUCUACAACGCGUCGUCGUCCGAGCUCAAGCGCAUGGAGGGGACGUCGCGAUCGCCCGUGGUGACCAAAGUCAGUGAAGCCAUCCACGGCCUCUCGACCAUCCGUGCGUUCAGCCGGACCGGGCGAUUCCUCCAAAACCAACGCGCCGCCCUGGACCGCCACAUACGCUUUACGUUUACACUGAGCAUGAGCAAUCGAUGGUUUCAAUUACGCCUCGACUGGGUCGCGUCGCUCGUGAUCGUCGGUACGUGCGAUAUGCCAUCGCGAUGGCAACAUUCCUGACACGAUCUAGGCGUGGCCUUUGUCUCGAUCUGGACCAAGUCCUCGAUUGGCCUCACUGCGGCCGGCCUCUCGCUCACGUACUCGUCGCAGCUGUCGUUUUUCCUGUCGAAAGUUGCCAUUUUCUCCAACAUGGUCGAGAACACCAUGACUGCCGUCGAACGCCUCGGCCACUUCAACUCGCUCGCCAGUGAGGACGCCGCCACAGCGAUGGCCGGCAAGCCAGCCGUCGUCUUAAUUACUCCUCCAGGCUCGUGGCCGACGCAGGGCGAGAUCACAUUUACCAACUACUCGAUGCGGUACCGCGAGCACUUGGAUUUGGUCCUCAACGACGUGAGUUUCACGGUCAAGGGCGGCGAGAAGGUUGGGAUCUGCGGCCGCACGGGGUCGGGCAAGAGUUCGCUCAUGGCGGCGCUCUUCCGCAUGGUGCCGUCGGCGACGGGCACGAUCACGCUGGACGGGGUGGACAUUGCGUCGAUCUCGGUCCGCACGCUCCGGUCGCGCAUGACCAUCAUCCCGCAAGACCCGGUGCUCUUUAGCGGGUCGCUUCGGUUCAACUUGGACCCGUCCAACACGUGCUCGGACGACGAGCUGUGGACGGCGCUCGAGCGAGUGCACUUGGACGAGUUUGUGGGGUCGCUCGAGUUUGCCGUGUCGGAGAAGGGCGGGAACGUGUCGGUGGGCCAGCGCCAGUUGGUGUGCAUCGCGCGCGCAUUGUUGCGCAAGUCCAAGGUCGUGGUGCUGGACGAAGCGACGGCCAACAUCGACCUCGAGACGGACCGGCUGAUCCAGCAAAUGAUCCAGGACGGGUUCCACGGCGUCACGCGGCUCAUCAUUGCCCAUCGGCUCGAGACAAUUUUGGACUCGGACCGGAUCCUCGUGCUGGACGCGGGCCGCGUCAAGGAGUUUGACGCCCCCGCCACCCUCCUCGCCAACAAGGACAGCGCGUUCGCCCAGCUCGCCCAACACGCCCACGUCCAAGUGUCAUAAAAUAUCCUAUUCACCCUAGCUUGAUGUGAACCAGGCCAUCCACACACGCGGUAGAGACGCUCCUUGCACGAGGACCGGCGGCACUGCCCACGACUGGACUGGCUUCGACCUUUGUUCCAUGCCAACCUCGAACUAGAGAACCACAGCAUGACCACAUUCGGAAACGUUUUAUUCUUUUUAACGCAGGAACACUUCAGUCAAAUCGAAG